AUGGACAACGAAGAAAAUGAGCAAUAAGAUCUUUCAGUAGGUGUGUUAUAAAUAAUGCAUUUGUUCGCUAUAUAUACCAUUAUAUAUUAAUUUUAAUUCCUAUUUUAUCUUUAGUUUAUAACCAAUUAAAUAAGAAAGAUAUUGGAUUCAGACCCAAAAAGCUAACGAUUUCAAGAGAUUUACAAUUAAGCUUGUGAUAUUUGUGCAGUUGGAUUCGAAAGCAGAUUUUAAUAAUAAGAAAGAGGAAUGACAAUAAUAUCCUGUUAUGGUUGUUAAUUAAGUUGCCACUUGUAUUGUUAUGGUAUUUCCACUGAAAUAGAGUUGAAUCCCAAUUCUAAUAAUUAAGGAUAUUUUGCAUGUGACAAAUGCAAAUUUAGUCAGAAGCAAGAUCAAAUAUGCAUUGUUUGUAAUCAAAAAGCCGGUUUGAAGAAGAAAAUCAAUGAUACUAAUGAAUUUGUCCAUCCUCUUUGUGGAUUGCUAUCCAAACAACUUGAAUUAUCUUCAUUUAUGGAAAUGAAAUUCAAGAAGCCCAAUAAUGUAAUACAAGUUCCUAAAUAAACAUGUUCAUAUUGCAAAUCUCAAGGAGCCACAAUUAAAUGUUAAUAAUCAGAAUGUAAUACUUAUGCACACAUCUAUUGUAUGGUCAAUUACAUUGUAAGUUUCGGUGGAUACAAUUCAACAUACUCAGAAAAUCUAUAAAGACCAACAGGAUGGGAAAUCCAAUUUAACUAUAAACAAUUAUUCUGUACUGGUAACCUUGUACAAGCAGGAAAUGAUAAGACUCAAUUAAAAACUAAAUCCCAAUCUAUCUUAUAAUAAUUUAUGGAAAUUCAGAAAGUGGAUAAAUAAAUUAAUAUAGAUUAACUAUAUGAUUUGUAUCAAUAAUAAGAAAAGAUAGAAGAAGAAAAAGAUUAAUUGGUGGAAUUCUUUUGUUCUCCUCAUUAGAAUUAAUAGAUUUAUUGUUGUUGUUAAUAAUAAUUAGCUAAUGAUUCUGAGGAAAUGGUCCAAUGUGAAACCUGUAUGGAAUGGUAUCAUGAUAAAUGUUUACGUCAAUACCAAGAUGACUAUGAAGAAUAGAAGAAUAAAGAACAUUAUUUCUGUCCUUUUUGUAAUUAAUGGAGCAAUUCUCGAUUUGAUCAUAUUCUUAAAUAUGUCCCUGCAAAAAAUUUAAAGUCCUUGUUGCCACCCUUUUUAAAAAUGACAUUUAAUACUCUUAUUCUUUUAGGUAUUUAUUGUGAAAGAAGUUUGAGUGCACAGAUUUAAUCAUAUUCUGAAUCUGAAUAUUCAAUCAUAGAAACCAUUUUGGGUAAUUUACCAUUCUAUCAACCCUUACAAUAAUAACUAUCAUAAAUUAAACAAAAAUCUAAUGUAACUGAUUUUAUGAAUUUCCUUUUUAAAUAAUAAAUACCUUAUAGAGAUAAUAAUCAAUGGACUAUUCUAUCUUAAUUAGAUGAAUCUAAUCAAAUCAUUUAACACAAUAUUCUGUAGAAUAAUGCUUUAAAAGAUAAAUUAAAUUAAGUUAUCAAUUUAUUUAAAGAUUUUGAUGAGUGCAAAUUUUAUAUUGAUUUGCUUAAUAAAUUGAAUAAUUUACAAAUAGCAUUUUAAAUUAUUACAUCCAGAACUAAAAUAACUAAAACAAAUAUUUAAAAUCAAUACAAAUCAAAUGAAUUUUAAGAAUUCAUAUAUUUAUAAUAAUAAGUGUAGGAGUAUAAAAGAAUUAAGAAAAGAUUUAUAAACAAAAUGUAAGAAGCUGAAGAUAAGUUUUGUGAUUUCGAAUAGAUCAUGAAUGAUGAAGUCUAAGAUUCUUCAGAAGAAGAAGACGAGAUAGAAGAUGAAUUGGAGGAUUACGAAAAAUUAUAGAGCUACUUAGGUCUAUAAAUCACUUAAAUUAAAAAUUAAUAACAAUUUUAUAAUCUUACAUCAGAAACUAGAAUCAAAUUAAAUUAGAUCAAAUUAAGUUAGGAAUUUGUUGAAUAAACAAUUCAAGAAUUUAAUGAAUUAUUGAUUUCAGUACCAUGGGUUGAAACCCUAAAAUAAGAAUUAUUGGAAGGAUAACUAAUUGUUUAAAAGUUGGAAAAAACUAAAUCAACUGAAGAAAUAUUGAUAUUGUUAAGUAGGCUUGAGGAAUUGCCAUUCCAUUAUAAAGAUUUUCCAGAGUUGUAUAUGCAAGAUUUAGAGAUAUAAGAAAAAGAUGAGGAUGACAGUGAAAUCUAAGUGACUAAAGAUAUUCAGACUAAGAUCACAUUGGAUCACCUUUAAAUGUUAAAAUAACUAUCUAUUGAAAUCAAUGCCUCAGAAAAAGACAAAUAGACUUUGGAGUAGGUGGAGAAGCAAUUAAAUGAAUUUAGAUAAAAAUUAAGAGGCAUGAUUGAACAAAAGAACUUAAAUGAAUAAAUGAGAAAGAAGUUUUAAGCAGAACUAUAAAUGAAUAAGAUUUAUGAUGUUCCUGAAAUCUAAGAAUUAUAGAAAAGACUAGAAUAAUUUUAAGAGGUUGAAAAAAUAAGAACUGCCAAAUCUUAAACACUUUAAUAACUAGAAUAAGCUUUUGAAAAAUCUAAAGAAUUAAAUUUUGAUGAAAAGAUUAUUAAUCAAUUUGAUUAGGAGAUAACUAAAUGUUUAUAGAAGAAG